AUGGAUUUCAUCAAGACCAGUUCCCUGCGUGCUCUGAUUGAGUUAACUUUCCAACGCAACUGGAACGGCCUCAUUUGGAUGAGUAGAAAAGGAGUUAUAGCCAAAAGAGUGAAGACUGUCCAGCAGCUUAUCGAGAAUCAGCGCCCGAACCGCGCAGAGGCUGGCCGAGGAACGAAUGUUCCGCGCUCGGCCAAAACUAUCCGUCCGUCUGAAGUCUCGGCCAAAGUUCAAACCAUCCGGCCGAUCACGCAUCACGACCCGGGAAACAUUGUCCCGCGGUCGGCCACGCCACAACGCUCACGCCACACCGCGCACGACCGCCGCGCGAGCCGGGAACAACGCCUCGCGGCCGCGCAACCUCACUCGCGUACCACGGCCGAUGUCCGUCCGAGCCGGGGAACUACGCCCGCGUCCGGCCGAGAAACCAUCGGCCAUUCCACAUCCGUCCGACCACACGGCCGACCGAAUCAUCCGGCCACGACCGUUCCGCACGCCACAACCCGACUGUCCGGCCGAUCGUCCCGACCGACCGUCCGAACGCCGCGGUCGACCCGAAGCCGUUUUUGA